CUCUCCACGCUGCACAAAUGCAAUGCCCAAAGGAGGCAAGGCAGCAAGGAAACCCAACCCAAAAGGGCCAAGGGCUAGGGCACAGGGCAGCAGCAGAUUGGAGAAAGCAUCCGAUUCCAUGUCCAUGGCUGCCACAUGCAUGCUCCCUCCUCCUUCCCUCCCUCAAUUGAGACUUGAGAGCUAGCCAGAGGCGUCGCCUCCGCCGGGCAAGGGUUCAAGGCCAAACAAACCAUGGCGUGCACGGCGGCGCGCAUGUUCGCCUCCAACGCCACCCUCUGCGCCUGCGACCCGGGCUACUACCUCUCCGCCGUCAACGGCACCACCACAUGCCUCGGCCUGCCCGCCGCCGGCUGGCAGGUCGGCUCCGUCGGCGCCUCCCGCAACCAGAGCUUCUACUUCCUCACCCCUGUCCUCUCCCUCGACGUCGUUCGCCGCCUCACCCAGUCCCAGGCUCUCCUCCUUGAGGCCGCCAUCGCUGCCCUCCUUUCCUGGUUUGCCUUCUGCGCCUUCGCCAGGUUCACCGGCCACGAUCCCACCGGCAAGAAGAGGCUCUUUCGCGCGCGCUUCUGGGUCAGCCGCCUCGAUUGCAUCUACGACACCAGCCACUGGGCGGAUGACCAGCAAAUAUUGAGGAAAAGAAAAACAGAGCUGGGAGGUAUGUGCUCAGUGUCUAGCCUGAUACUCUUCGUUGGAUUAGUCACUGUGCUAUUGUACCAAGCAAUCCAAAGACGCAAUAUUGAAGUGCACCGGGUCAAACCAGCCAAUGCUCUGGAUUUGUUGACUUUUGUCAAUGAUAUCGAGUUCCACAUAACCACCAUCUCUAGCAUGUCUUGCGCUCAGUUGGUUGCCCCUUCUACAAUUGCAAUGGGAACACCUGGAUCUAUGGACUUCAGGCUGCUGUCUUUGUCAACAUUGUUGACCUACGAUUGCCAGAACACAAGCCAGGGGCCAUCUGUUUCACUCAAGUGCAAUGGCUGCCGAAUCCCACCAAGAGACCACUAUGUAUCCUGGCAAUUUAUUGACCUGCCGAGGCAACCAGCUGCUGCUGUUGGCUUCCAGUUUAAUCUGACUGCGAAGCAACAUGGAGAUGACAAACAUGUGAGCUUUGUCAGUGGUACUAUAAACUCCGACAAUUUUACUGAUGACAAGCUGAAGACAUUCAGAGGGAGAGAUUCCAAUGUUCUCAAGAUUCAAUUGUUUCCUCAAACAUACAUCAAUCAUCGCAACUUGAAGCUCCUGCAACCUCUGGUUCAGGAUUUCACUCAAGGGUCUUCCUUUUCAGAUGUUAGCAGCUUGAAUGCUUCCUUGCAAAACCCUAUUGAUGGGAUAAUAAAUACUACACUCUCCAUAAGCUACCUUUCCAACUACAUUGUGGAAAUUAGCAAUGAAAAUGUGCUAGGCCCAGUCAGUAUAGUUGCAAGUAUUGGUGGCCUUUAUGCUUUCAGUGUGGCAAUUUUUCUCUGCCUUAUGGCUCAAUGUGAAGCUAGGAUAAAGAAGCUCCGAGACGAGGAUACCAGAAUGCUGAAAAUAUUGAGAAAACGGCGUGCUCAACAGAAUUGGGAUAAGGUGAGGAAGUUUGUCAUGUAUACCUGGGGCCCUAGCAACUUGGAUCCAAGUGAUAGAAGUGGCAAAUGGCCUGAAGGUUCAGUGAUGGAUUCUCUCCAUGGAUCCUUCCAUAAGAAAAGAAAACCGAUUAGACGAGCAACCUCGAAUGGUAAAAAAUCCAAGGGAGCUCUUGCUGAUGGGGGAGUAAUUGACAUCGAGAGAGUUGGGGAAAUGGAGCAGUCAAGUAGUUCUAGACAGGCUUAAUGGAUGAAGGUUUUGGAUGCUGUUAGUCCUUGAAAUCAACAUCAUUAGCCAGUUUGACUGGAGAGGUAUAGCUUGGAUAUCUGGCAGGUCCAACAUGACCGUGCUACUGGAGAGGGUUUCCUUUUUAACUAUUAAUCAGCAUGUUGGCUGUUCCUAAGGUCAGGCCAGAUCCUCUUUGAUUUUCAUGGGGCUUCGUUUCUUGAGUUGCUGAACAGUGAUUAGGGAAUACUAUAUGUGUGUGGUUGGGUUUCAUAUAGUGUGGAUUUUAGUAGUAGCUACCUUCACCAGUUACCACCCUCCAUGUGCAAUUGCAGUGGGGGAUGAAACAAAAAGAUGCCUUAUUCUUUGUAUGAAGCAAAUGGUGGAAUUUGUUGCAUCGUGUAAAUCUUCAUGCGGUUGGUGUGUUUUGCCGUCAGUUUUCUAUCUUAUUGAUCCGGCUGAUUAUACGUAUGCCAAAAUUUAUAUCCUCCUGUUCAC